AUGACGCGGAUCAUCAACAGACUGUACAUCUAUUAUCAAUUGUCGACCAGUGUGCUGUUUCUGGCACUGUUCGCACGCUGGGCGGUGCUGUACCCGCUCGUUUCGGGACGGUUUUUACCAGGCGGGAUACAUGUGUUCCUAAUCUCUUUGAUUUGCUACGCCACUGUCGGGGAGUUGCUGUGGUCGUUGAAGUUCCGUCGGGUAUCUGGUACAUUGAAGUCUGCAACGUUACUGAAGGACGCUAAUUUGCUGUACUUUUGCCUUGCGAUGAACCAUAUAUCAGAUUAUGACCACUCAUUGGUACUGAAGAACAUCAGCUACUCGGCAUUCAUAAUCGGGCUGUCUUUGUCCCAAUGUUACGUCCAUGCCACGCAAAUGUUCAAGAGGGGGGAACCUCUUUGGUUUAGCGGUUUCCUCAGACGCGUGUACGUUUACAUUUUGCUGCCCGUGAUGCACCUCAGCGAGUUCAAUCUGUUGCUGCUCAAUGUGCAAUCCAGUCAAUCGAUUGAAUCUCCGGUGUUGGACAUCGUCCACAAAAUCGUUCUUGUCUUCUUUCUCCCCCUCGCCUGUGUUGCUUGGCGGAAAGCGAUGGUGUAA